AUUUAUUUUGCUCGACACUUUAAUACGCAACUCUAUCUCUGUGAAGCUCUGACCAGAGGUACAAUACAAGAAAACACUGUAAUUUACUUUGUUUAUAAUUUGCAGCUUUAUUGUCUUGGAGUCGCGAAAACAUCCGUCGUGAAGUUGGAAGCAACAAGGUGUUGGACAGCCUCUGCAAAGCGACCUUUUCAACCUCUUCCGUUAUGUCCUCUGACACUUCCCUCAUGCAGGGGUCACGAGCAGUGACCCCUCCCCUAACCUCACCCGGAUCCCCCCGCUCACCAUUGUCUCCAGGAUCCCUGCAGCUUCCUGUCCAUAGGCCCAGAGACCGCUCCCCAUCCCCCAUGAGAGGCUACCUCAUUCCCAGCCCCCUGCCCACACGGAGGAACAGGACCUGCUCAGCGACAGCUCGUGCAUCAGAAGGUCCAGUGUUUACUGGUGUUUGUAAAUGUUUUUCCCGCUCCAAAGGACACGGCUUCAUCACACCAUCGGAUGGGGGCAGCGACAUUUUUGUCCAUAUCUCAGACAUUGAAGGUGAAUAUGUGCCAGUGGAGGGUGACGAGAUGAGCUACAAAGUCUGCUCCAUUCCUCCUAAACACGAGAAGGUCCAGGCGGUGGAGGUGACAAUAACCCAUCUGAAGCUGGGAACCGUGCAUGAGACCUGGUCAGGACACAUCAUCAGCAGCUGAAGGCUGAAUGUCCAAGUGUGAUAGGAUGUAAAAAAGAAAAUGAAAUUAAGGAGGAGGUUCUAGUUAUAAUCUAUGAAACAUGAACCAUCUUAUAGCUUGCGUUUGUUGAAAUUUUGGAGAUUUCCCUAACACUCCAGCAGAUAGGUAGACUAUACUAUAGUUUGGGAAAGCAUGAAGACAUUCAUAAUUACGGUGACUGAUGUUUAACAUAGAAAGUCAUCAUUAGUUUUUGUAGCUUGGAAUUGUUUCAUACCUGCUAUCAUCUGUAUCUCGUGUGUGUGGAUGACUUGACAAUAAAGAAAAGAAAGUGAAAUAAAGCAUUUUCAACUGGUU